UGUGACUACGCUUUUGGCUACUGGGGGAAAGGAACGAUGGUGACCGUGUCUUCAGUGUCUCAGACUAAGCCCUCAGUUCCCUUCAUUGUAUCCCAGUGCGGACCUCCAACAGACGGGCUUCUGACAUUCGGCUGCGUCACUAGUGGUUUCUUUCCUGAAUCGCUGGAGAUGGAGUGGACUCUUGGUUCCGGCAGUAAGAGUAGUGAGGUGCAGUUCCCGGCUAUGAAGUCGCAAAGUAAUUCGUUCACAGCGGUGAGCCAGGUGCAGAUCAAUGCCACAACCUGGACUAAUAAUUCCCUGACCUGUACUGUGAAGCAUCCUGCCGGCUCAGAAACAGCAACACUGAAGGGUAGGAGAAAUUAUAUAUGACCACACUGUUAUUAUUAUUAUUAUUAUUA